CUGAGAUAGUCAACCUCAAGCUCCGAUUGUAACCACAGAUAAGACGAGUGUCGUCAAAAUUGGUUAAAACUCAGUGAAAUUUGCAGCCAGAAGCAAGAAAGAAACAGAGGCGCAGGACGCUUGUGGAGUGAUCUGUACAAGGUGGUCUGGACUGACGGGUUACUGAUGGCAUCUGGAGCACAGGAACAAGCGCCUGCUCUGCCAGUCAAACAGCACAGAGGCAGCAUCUCGAGAAGCUCCAGCCUCAGUGCUGACUGCGUUCUCGCCAGACUUGGACUCCAGCAUCAAGAUGAGGAUCUUGACGUGUUCAUGGAACUCAGCGGGCGUCAGGACCAGCAGUGCCCCAUCCACCACGGCCUUGAUCCCUCCAGACAUCAGAUGAAGCUGUUCUCUGGUGACACCCCCCCACCUGUCCCUAAGAAGAGGUUGACGCGGUCUAUGUCACUCCCGGUCAACGCUGCGCCUCACCUGACUCCUCAGGCAACACUGCGAAAACACUCCGUUAACUUUGGCAACCCACGGUACACGCUGGCACCAAUAACUAGCGAAGAGGUGGACGAGACUGAAGCGAUCCAGAGAGGCCAUGUUUCUGCCCGAUCCCUGUCGGAGAUGACCUUUGACACCCCAGACAGCCACCUCCUCGUCCACUUCAGCCACUUUAGCGACCAGCGGCUCGUUUCUCAGAGGCUUCAGCAUCAUCAGAGGCUCUUCCUCACGCGUGUGGCUCAGAGUUUGCUGGCAGACGUUUUGAUGGGUGAAAGUUCUGGUCCAUGCCGGCCCCAGGACUUCUUCUUGUCUCGAGGAAGCGACCCGAAACAGCUCAGUGACUGCGUUUACUACAGCUUGCACAGUCCCAAAUUCCCAGGAAGAGAGCUGGCGUUGAGGGUCCAGAAGAAGAGCGCUGUGGUUCCCGCACGACUGCAGCCGUCACACGUCAACGUCCAGGACGUGAUCGCCGUCUUUCAACAUGACGACGUGAAGCCAGGGUGCGCUACUGCAGGUCAACCACAUGGUGGCAGUAGCGACACUAAUCCCGGAAAGGUCAAAGAAGUGACAGUGGAGGGUCUUCUUGAGGAGGGACAUUGUCUGAGCGUGGAGAGAGACCUGCCUGACCUCACCCUGGAGGACUUCAUUCAGGAGGGUGGGGAAGGCGAGAGCGGCGGGCCACCAAUGGCAGACAUGGCCGCUCUGCUGCAGGUGCUGCUCUGGGGGCCCAGAGCUCCUCUCCUCCAUCACAGAAGCAGCAGCACCACACACAACUGGCUGAUGGUAAAACAAGCUUUGCUGGUGAUGAAGCUGGCAGAAAGAGGUCUGACCCAAGAUCAGUCUGUAGUGGACUGGGAGGACUACUUGUGUCUGCAGUACAUUUCCUCCACUGACCCUGGUUUCUUCAUCCAGUUCCAGUGA